UUUUCCUACUAAAGGGGGGAAGGGCUCUCAGGAAGGAGAUGAGAUGAGUCUGCUGCCAGACCACUAAAAUCCCUCCAACAUGCGUGUCCACCAAAAAAACUGCCAUACUUUCAGCUCUGUUGCUUGUGUGUAGACUACUCAUACAGAUAGUAGGUUAUGUGUAGGCCUAUAGCUAUUUUACCGCGUGUGAACCUGAAGUUCUGUGCGUUUGAAAACUGACUCCGGAUCAGUCAUCGUCUGCUGACAGUACCAUGCUGGGAUUUCCCAAAAGCUCCAGUGCAUCGGGAAAUCUGCCCUGGUUGCUAGUUUCAAUUUCACUUCCUUUCUAAUAACACCAUGGCGAUACGCAUUUAGCGUAAGCUGUAUGAGACGUCCCUUUUCUAGAGAAAAUAAUAAAGGGAGGACUUUUGGAGCUUUUUUACUUUCAAUUUCAGUCGCACUCUCAGGACUCGUUUUGUAUUACCGGACUGCUCGCUUGCUCACAAGCCCUACUGGAAAUCAUGUUUUUCCGUUACAUAUUUUUGUUUGUUCCUUUGCUGACUUUUCUGCACGACGUCCGUGUUUUCAGUUGCAAUUACAGCUGUGCAGAUAAACCUGUGUUCACUCCAUCCAGACUGGUAGUGAAGUAUGGUGACCCAACCUCUGCCAACUGCUCUGUAUGUCAGGACUGCCUCAACAAAACCUUUGGUUUGGAAAAAUCUGUAGGAGAGAUAUCAGAUAAAACCAAAACCCCGAUUUUAUGGACGGUUGACAGAAUGAGUGAAUGGGACAUAACUCCCAUCUGCUAUUAUUCUUUUAAUAAUAGCCCCUGUUGUAGCAAACUGCCUGUAACUGUCUACAAGCCUCCACAUAAUGUGGCCAUCAGCUUUGUUGAUCACUCUGGGCCGAUGUUGGAGGGUCAUCAGUACACUCUGCAGUGUACAGUACAGGAUGUUGCUCCUGUUAAAGACCUCACUGUGACCUUCUACAAAGGACACACAGCACUGGGUCAACUGCAGUCCAACAACACAGAGAAGAAACCAGUGACUGAGAGCUUCACUUUAAACAUCAUCCCCAGUAACAAGGAUGAUGGAGUCCAGUACUGGUGUGAAGCCAAGCUAGAACUGGGACCUGAAGGACCUCAGCGCCCUCCAGUGGUGAUGUCACAAAAUCUCACUGCAACUGUCUACUAUAAGCCUCAUUUAGAGGGGUCAUUACUUCCAAAACGGAUUAUUAUCUCAGAAGGAGACCUUCUACAACUGAACUGCUCGGCUUUGGGAAACCCCAGCCCCUCAUACAGCUGGACGCUCCCAUCAGAUAGCCCUCCCCCCUCCAGUGAUGGCGUUCUCACUAUCAAAUCUGUUGCUGUUGAGCAUGAAGGGCAGUACAUCUGUUCUGUCGGGAACAACGUGGGGACUAUCACUGUGAACUAUACGGUGGAAGUCCAAGUCAACUACACCAUGGUCAUUAUAUUAGGGGUAAUAAUAGGUGCUGUUGUGGUUGCCGUCUUGUUGGUAAUGUUUUACCACCAUUACUACAGACACAAUCGAAUGGGAAAGUACAACCUGAAGGACGUUCUCCGUUUAUCCACACGACACUCUGCCUUGCCCACUGUAGAGUAAGCCUGCGGGAAAUGUGUAUGGAAAGCCAAGUAAAGUGUCUGUCUCUCUGUCUCUCAAUAUUUUUUAUUUUAAUAUGCAGUGGUGUGACACAUGAUGGGUUUUCGUAUAGUUAUGCAGCGGUGGGAAAGCAAAGUUUAAGCCACCUUGUAAAAAGUGAAGUGGGCCCCUUUAGUUUUAUCAUUGUGCUUUUGUGGUGCAUCUUUACAAAUGUGUAAUUAAUCAGAUUACCACAAAAUAAUUGCCACAAAGACACCUGAGGUCCUCCUUUGUAAUCUAGCUUUGAGUAGUUUAAAGCCCUGUUUGUUUUUGUCUUCAUGGGCACCGACAUAGAAAAAUAUAGAAUAUCACCAGCCUUAUCCUGAAACUAGUGCACAGCCUUGAGUUUGGUACAUACCAAGAGCGCCAAAAGAGGGUGAUUUUAUUGCCAAUGUUUUUCAGUGUUUUAUUGUCACUUACUGUUACAGAAAUGAAUGUGUAUUCUUAUAAAUAAAAGGACACACAUAUGUAAAUGUAAAAUAUAGAUCUGAAACCAAUUGUGUUCCAAAUCCAGCUGCAGCAGUAUGCUGCAUUAAAGGUUAUUGAUUAUUGAUACUGCACGUAGAAUGCUGGCAGAUUUUUAGUUCUAUAAGUAUUUUUAUUAUUUUAUAUAUUGUAUAUCUUGUCUAUUUCAUAGUUUAAUAUUUAUAUAGAUUUACUUUAUUAAUAAGUAAUAAGACAACAGAGCUUAUUCCUUGUAUUUGUAUGUAUUGUAUGCAUGUGCGUCUAUUCAUUGUGUACAUCUGUGUGUAUGUGUGUGUGUGCUAGUUGAGUGACACUGAAAAAGAGGAAUUCAUACUAGCAAAAACUGUAUAAUGAGGAGCUGCAAACUGGAACUUCAACAAGGAAAUAUAAGCUUUGACCACUAUUAUUUUUCCAAAUGUGAAUAAAUAAUAACACUUUGUACAUACAAUAAGAUGCGUCCAUGUCUCUUUCAUUGAUAUUUUAUUGCAUUUUAAAGUAGUUGCAAAAACAUGGUACUAACUGUCAUGAUCUUGGGUUUGAGUGUGGUGUUUUUCUGUUAUUUUAUUAUUAUCCGUUUCUGCGCUACUCGUUGCCUUUGUGUUCUUGUUUGGGUUUUGUAGUUGAUCGUUGCUUCCUUGUUCUCUGUUGUAAUUAGUUACAUGUAUCCUUGUGCAUUGUCUGUAGCUUUACAUCCUGUUUUAUUUUGUAAUUUUGGUGUUUGGUGUUUUUGUCUUGCUUUGUUCCCUGUCUGCCUGUGUUCUGCUUUUGGAUUUUCCUCUGUUUGGACUUUGCCUUGUGCUCCAAUGUAAGACUGUUUUGUUGAUUCAAUAAAUCCCUUCUCUGAACUGCA